AUUGGACACGUGUUGCCUAGUUGGCAAGUUGUCUUUGUCUUUAUGGUCGUAGUUUCAAAAUGAAACAAUGAUUUGGAUGAGAGCAUUAUCAUGGACACGAGUGUGGCAAAAUAUGUGUCACUUGCAGCUCCAAAACAUAGCUACCUGAAGCUGAAACCAGGAUAUGGGAACACUGUCUUUGUUCCAUUCAGCGAUUCCUCGCCUUACACUCCCUUCCAUGCCAAAACCCCUUGCACUUUCUCCUCUUUCUUGUUUAAGGAGUAAUGGAGAUGUUAAUGGCUUACAUGAACAAAGGUUAGAGGGUGAUAAAAAUGUGGACAUGUCCCAGUCAAUAUCUGAUGAUGACCAGAAAGUGAAAGACGAUAAUAUUUGGCAGUUGUUCAAAGAAGCUCAGCAGAACAUACUAUACUUAAACAAACAACGCCUUGUGGCUGUUGAGGAACUUAACAAAACAAAAAAAGAAAAACAGUCACUACUCAAUAAGAUAAAGAAGUUGGAGGCAGAAAAGCAGGCUGGUGCUGGUAAAGAUGGCCUAUCAACUUGUUCAGAAUUGCUGCUUCGGAUAGACUCAAUGGUCCUUAGCAGUCUGAUUAGCCCUGGAGAGGCAUCUGAAUUACGAAGUUUGGUAAUAAACCACAAAGUGAACGUGGCUGAUGUUUUCAGUGUGAUCUCAGACAAAAGAGAUCCUGAACUUCUUGGAGAACUUCGUCACUUUUCAGAAGGAAGCAAAGAGAAUGGUUUUCAUAUUGUUCACAUUUGCACAGAAAUGACACCAUUGGUUCCUAAAGGAUCAGUAGCAUCAUAUGUGACUGGCAUAUCUCGUGCACUUCAAAGAAAGGGCCACUUGGUGGAGGUUAUAUUGCCAAAGUAUGCAAGUUUGAACCUAGAUGAAGUGCAAGGGUUGCGUGAAGUUAAUGCAGAGGCUUACUCAUAUUUUAAUGGUCAAUUACGUGGAAACAAAAUUUGGACUGGUGUUGUUUAUGGCAUUGGAGUCACUUUGAUCGAGCCGUUGUACUAUUCAUCAUUUUUCAGCCGUGAGAUGUUAUAUGGAUACCCAGAUGAUUUUGAAAGGUUCUCCUAUUUUUGUCGUGCCUCACUGGAUUAUAUAGUAAAAUGUGCAAAGCAGCCUGAUGUAUUGCAUCUGCAUAACUGGGAGACUGCCAUUGUUGGGCCACUUUUCUGGGAUUUAUUUGUUAAACAGGGACUUGGAGGAACCAGAAUAUUACUGACAUGCCAUGGCUUCAAUUCACAGGGUAUUGAGCAACCAGAUAAAUUGGCCUUAUGUGGGCUGGAUCCCUUAAGACUUCAUCGCCCUGAUCGUUUACAAGACAACACUAACACACAACUUGUCAAUAUUUUAAAGGCUGGAGUAGUCUAUUCGAAUAGAGUUGUAAUAAUGUCAUCAAUCUAUCCGAAGCACAGACUUGUUCAUAAUUUGAGUCUUGAAUUGGAACCUACUUUAAAUGUUCAUAGGGACAAGUUGAUCAUUGCUCCUUAUGGAAUAGACAAAUCAACAUGGGAUCCUUCAACGGACUAUUUUCUUCCAGAAAAUUUCAAUGCCGAAAAUAUAAAGGGAAAAUCUGUUUGCAAAGUAGCAUUGCUGCAGCAGCUGGGAUUAUCUGAACAUUCUUCUGUUAUUCUUGUUGGAUGCAUUUUUUCAGAAGGAGAUGACCUUGAUCAUAAAAGGUUGAAGGAUGUUAUCUUGAAUGCUAAGCAGCAUGAUGUCCAGUUUAUAUUUAUGGGGACCAGUGAAAGAUCAGUCUUGAAUCAGACAUUUCAAUCACUUCAGAAGGAACUCAAGAUUGAUAAUCUUUUAUUUGUGCCUGAAUAUGAUGAAGCUCUGCUGCAUUUAGUCUUUGCUGGGUCUGACAUUAUCUUGUGCCAAUCUUUUCUUGAUCCUACUGAUGAAACCCCGCUCAUAGCUUUAAGGUAUGGAGCAGCUCCAAUAGCAGUUGCCCUUGAUGCUAGCACAAACAGGGUGUUACCUUUUGACAGGAAUUUCUUAAACCAUGACCACGAGGCCACCAUGUAUUCACGGUUAAUCAACUCUACCUUCGGAAACAUGUCCAUAAACCUUGCCAUUGAUGAAAUUAGGACUAACCCAGCAAUGUGGAAACAAAGAAUGAUGCAAGCAAUGGCGCAUGACUUAUCAUGGGAUGGUGAAUGCUACGAUGUUCAUGUUGCAGCUUACUCAGCAAUUAAGAAUUUGUGAAGUGUCUGAUAUACAUAUAUGGAUAUAGGUAAUAAACAGUUAUUGUUUAGUUUUUUGAGAUAGAGCUGAAUAGUUAUUAAUUAUUUGUAAGUCAAACUUUUGUUGUAAAAUCUGUACCAGAAUGAUAUCAACGAAAAUCGGUCACAAUGAGAACGAUGAAGGAUCGAAAGCGUAAUAUUAACCUUUCCCCUAUCAAGGGGCAGAAUAAUGAAAUUACGGU